AUGGCGGAGAAGGGCGCCAUCGAAGGGCUCGUGGACUUGCUGAGAUCGCCGGGUCCGACCCGACAGCGCAGGGCGGCGGGCGCCCUCGCAAACUUGGCAUCCCACAGUGAGGAGCUUCGGGCUGCCGUAGGGAAGGCAGGCGCCAUUGCCCCCUUGGUGAAGCUGAAAGCGUCCGAUCACGACGAUGUGGCGGAAGCCGCUGCGGACGCCUUGGACAAUUUGGGGUUGAACGAUGCCAACAAAGAGGAGAUCAAGGCCAGCGAGAAGACAGCACCAGGUGCACAGCCAGAGGCAGAGGAGCCCAAGAAGGUGGCAGACCAAGUGCAGGAGCCUGCAAAGGAGCAGCCGACUUCAGAAGCCUCUGCCAAGGAGGCGGGCUAUCCAACCCCCGUGCCUGGCCAGAGCGUUGACCUCCCUGACGGUGCCGGUGCGAGGCUGGCGAUGUUUUCCUUGCGCUUCGACAAUGGGCCUAUAGAGGCAAAGUUUCGCCGAGUACACCAACUAUUGAAGAACCAUAAUUUCAACGUGCUCAUGGUUGACGCGGAUGCUGGUGACAAUUUUGGCACGAUGACGAUGGAUUACUUGGACGAGCUUGUUGAGAACAAGGGGCUCAUGAUUUCAGUGUGUACAAAGCACUACGGCGAGAAGACAGCGUCCCCGUACAGCUCCUUUCAUGAGCUGCGGUAUGCGCAGGAUUAUCAGCUGGACGUUUUGCCGCUGAAGGUGGCAGAUGUCUACCCACCACAGCCUCCAAGUGGCCCUGACCACAAGUACGAUCAGAAGGGAGAGGCCCGGAAGCUCCUCCGGAUGGUGUUGCGGCCCAAUAUCUCCUUCUUCGACUGCUGCAGCUUGAGUGAGCAGGAGAUUGCGCUCAAGAUUGCCAAUAAACUCUUGGGAAGGGGCCACGGUGGAUCGGGCCACGGCUGA